UUGGCCACUCCGAUUCAGUCGAGGUAAGCAACGGGCGCUAGUUUUUUAUUUCUGUUAAUGAGAAGCCCUUUUGCCGACUGAGUCGAAUUUUUUUUCUUGCCACAGCCAUGUAAACGGGCCAUUGACUGAAUUUUUUUUCUCGAACUUUACAUCUCUGAUACGCCAUAGAUGGUGCACCUUUAGCGGCCGCUAUUAUGAAGCUGGCAAUCAAUAAUGGUGACGCAUAUUGCAGAUACCCCUAUGCUGCGUUGCUCUACCGUGGAGCCAAAGGAUUCCCCGCAGACCGCGCCAAAGGGCGAGCGUACAUGGAGGUGCUGGCCAACCCCAAGAACAAGAGGUUCAAGGGUAUUCCCGUAGCGAUGACGGCCCUGGCUGGUAUCUAUGUCCGUGAAGACAAGAACUAUGAGGGUGCACGAGAUUUGUACGUCAAGGCUGCCCAUGCUGGCGAACCCCAGGCCAGCGUUGCCCUUGGACGGAUGUAUCUCAGCGGGGAGCUUCCUCGUGAUACUGCCAUGGCUCGCAAAUACUUUGAGAUAGCAACCAAGAGCGAUGAAAGUAGCCCAGAGGCCCAUUUUUUGCUGGGGUCCAUGGAGAUGGACCAAGAGAAACCCAAUUUCAAGGGUGCGUUCCAGCAUUUCCAAAAGGCCGCUUCCAAGGGCCUGCCAGAGGCUCAAUACAACGUCGGACUCGCCUAUUUUCGAGGCGUGGGCGUUCCCAAGAACGACGCGCUGGCGAUCGAGUACUGGAAAAUGUCUGGGCAGCAAGGUUUUGGGCUCGCGCAACUGAGUUUGGGAGCGUACUACUUCCAGAAUGAGGAGCCGCCAAAGGAGCCGGAGGAGGAACGUGCCGUAGGCUCGACCAAGACGGCCUUCAGACACGAGUGGGAUCUGUCCAAGAGGGACCUGAGUCAAGCACAGAAAUGGUUUACUUUGGCAAGUCGUCGGCCGGGCGACCUGGGACUGGAGGGGGCGCGGUUGAAGGCCCAGGUGGAAGAGGCGAUCAAGAAGGGUGGGGGCGGAAGAAGACAAGACCGACCUUGUACUAUCAUGUAGUGCCUGCUCCGACUAAUAAACGCGCUAUUGCAAUUUCGAUGUUCAGGCCACUUUCCCAUAGCCAAAUUGAAUGUAUCUUGGAUCUUGUAGCUUGUUCGGACUUUUGAACCAGAAAGAGCAUUGCUCCAAAGUGCAAAUAAUGAGCUGUGAAAAGUUAACUAUCGCCGGCAAAAAAUAAAAUAAAAUAAAAACGCGUUCAGCUCCAUGCGGUCAAAGAGUUCCGACAGGAUUGAACGCGUUUUUUU